ACCCUACUCGCCUGAGGGGGAGGAGCCGAGGGCAUUGUUGGGUCAGAGGGCACGCGCUGCUCGCGGGGGUGGCGUGUUGGGGUCCGUCACAAGCCCCCGUCAGCUGCCGCCCGCAGCUCAGUGUCACCUCAAGCGCCACAGGGUGCGGCUGCGGCUGCCUCCCUUUCCGCCGCCGCCUCCUCCUUCGCCUCCUCACUCACCCACCCUGCCACCGCCGCAGUGGUUGCGCCCGACUCCAGCUGACCGGCCUGGAAUCCCGGCUUCGAGCCCCGGCCUGGACCCCUCCGCCUUGAGCCGCCCCCUCCCCGACCCCGAGACCUGGUGGUGCUGCCGCCGCGGCCGCCGCCAUGGGAGACGCCGGCAGCGAGCGCAGCAAAGCUCCCAGCUUGCCGCCCCGCUGCCCCUGCGGGUUCUGGGGGUCCAGCAAGACUAUGAACCUCUGUUCCAAAUGCUUUGCUGAAAAAAGAAAUCCACACAAUGAAACAGAUUUUCAAAAGAAGCAGACAGACGAUGAAUCCACUCCCAGCACAAGCAACAUCCAAUCGGAUUUGUUCUCUGGAGAAUUAAAUAGUGACAACAGUAAUACCUCACUAUCUACGCAGACUGUUAACUCCAACCAGCAACUUUCGACAGAACUGAAUGUAACUUCAACAAGCAAAGAGGAAUGUGGGCCAUGCACAGAUACAGCUCAUGUCUCCUUAACCACACCAACCAAAAGAUCUUGCGAUUCAGCACUCAUGGAAAAAAGACCAGUCUUUCUUUCAGAUUCACAGUCGGAGAGUGAGGCUUCACCUGAGAAGCGGCCACGGUUACUGAAGGACAGUCAUGAUAGGCCUGAAGAAAUCAGCCGUUCCAAACAGAAGAGCAGACGCAGGUGUUUCCAGUGCCAAACAAAACUGGAGCUGGUACAGCAGGAACUGGGAUCAUGCCGCUGUGGUUAUGUGUUCUGUAUGUUGCAUCGCCUGCCUGAACAACACGAUUGCACAUUUGAUCACAUGGGACGGGGGCGUGAAGAAGCCAUUAUGAAAAUGGUGAAACUGGACCGGAAAGUGGGGCGAUCAUGCCAGCGCAUUGGCGAGGGAUGCUCCUGAGUGCAAGACUCUACAACCAAAUGCCGUUCUCUUAGUUCACUAAUGUUAGCCUUAUUUAGGACAAAGUCAGCCAGACACCUUGUAUUGGGCAAGUUUCAGACUACAGCCAAUCAGUUUCCUUUCUUUAGUCAACCAUCCUGGUACUGUAGUUUAGGGGUUAAUGGUGAUUGACAUUGAUUUCUGGCUGGUUGUUAAGGUGCCUGCUAGCCACCGUAUUAAAAAAAAUGAAGAAAUAUUUUUGAGCAUGGCUAGUGGAUUUUAACAAAAAAUCUAAAGGCUUCUAUUAUGACAGGAGUCAAGCUCUUUAAAAGCCUUAUGCUGGUAAGCUUCCAGCAGCUGAGUAGAAACUGAUGUAAAAGACUGCUAUGUGCACAGCUCUCUGGAAGAAAAUACAUUUAAUAUCCCAGUUUUCCUAUCCUCAUUUCUAGCUAACCUUGAAGGGGUGAAAUGCUGCCAAGACUAGGCAGUGUAGCU